UGGCCCAUCCCCGGCCCCGCCCCGCCGCGCCGCUCGCCGCCGGGCUAUCACUGACGUGUCUCUAGGCUGAGGAAAGGCGCUCCGGAGCUAGCAGCGUCGCCUCACUCGAAGUAGAGUGCAGCCGAAGCAGGGCGUGGAGUCGGAUCAGCCGCCGCCAUGGCGAUCAAAUUUCUGGAAGUCAUCAAGCCAUUCUGUGUCAUCCUGCCGGAAAUUCAGAAGCCAGAGAGAAAGAUUCAGUUUAAGGAGAAAGUGUUGUGGACAGCCAUUACCCUCUUCAUCUUCUUAGUAUGCUGCCAGAUUCCCCUGUUUGGCAUCAUGUCUUCAGACUCAGCCGACCCUUUCUACUGGAUGCGAGUGAUUCUAGCCUCUAACAGAGGUACCUUGAUGGAACUGGGCAUCUCUCCUAUUGUCACCUCUGGCCUUAUCAUGCAGCUCUUAGCUGGUGCCAAGAUAAUUGAAGUUGGGGACACCCCAAAAGACCGAGCUCUCUUCAACGGAGCCCAAAAGUUGUUUGGCAUGAUCAUUACUAUCGGUCAGUCCAUUGUGUAUGUGAUGACCGGCAUGUACGGGGACCCUUCGGAGAUGGGUGCUGGGAUCUGCCUGCUGAUCACCAUUCAGGUAAUUGUUAUCCCCCUUUUUGUGAAUCACAUGAGGGAAAAUUUAAAUCUCAUGCCUGAACUGGGUUCUGGCAUCUCCCUUUUCAUUGCUACCAAUAUCUGUGAGACCAUUGUGUGGAAGGCUUUCAGCCCCACCACUGUCAACACUGGCCGAGGGAUGGAAUUCGAAGGUGCCAUCAUUGCUUUGUUCCACCUGCUGGCCACCCGCACAGACAAGGUCCGAGCCCUUCGAGAGGCAUUCUACCGCCAGAAUCUCCCUAACCUCAUGAACCUGAUUGCCACCAUCUUCGUCUUUGCUGUUGUCAUCUAUUUCCAGGGCUUCCGAGUGGACCUUCCAAUCAAGUCGGCUCGUUACCGAGGCCAGUACAACACCUAUCCCAUCAAGCUCUUCUACACCUCCAACAUUCCCAUCAUCCUGCAGUCUGCUCUGGUGUCCAACCUCUAUGUCAUCUCACAGAUGCUGUCAGCACGCUUCAGUGGCAACCUGCUGGUUAGCCUGCUGGGCACCUGGUCGGACACAUCAUCUGGGGGCCCAGCCCGUGCUUAUCCAGUUGGUGGCCUGUGUUACUACCUAUCUCCUCCGGAAUCAUUUGGCUCAGUGCUGGAGGACCCUGUCCAUGCUGUCGUGUACAUUGUAUUCAUGCUGGGAUCCUGUGCAUUCUUUUCUAAAACAUGGAUUGAAGUUUCCGGUUCUUCUGCCAAAGACGUUGCAAAGCAGCUGAAGGAGCAGCAGAUGGUGAUGAGGGGCCACAGAGAGACCUCCAUGGUACAUGAGCUCAACCGGUACAUCCCCACAGCCGCAGCCUUUGGUGGGCUGUGCAUUGGGGCCCUCUCCGUCCUGGCAGAUUUCCUGGGUGCUAUUGGAUCUGGAACCGGGAUCCUGCUGGCAGUCACCAUCAUCUACCAGUACUUCGAGAUCUUUGUCAAGGAGCAGAGCGAGGUGGGCAGCAUGGGAGCCCUUCUCUUCUGAGCCUUAUGUGCCCAUGGACCAGGGUGAGGGCACAGGCUCCAGAACUGCCCAGAAAGGAUGCUCUUACCAUUGGAGUAUGCUACCGUGGCAUAGGGACUUUUAAAUUUUUUUAAUUUUUUUUAUUUCAUAUCUUUUCAUUCCACUGUGUAAAGUGCUAGGAAAUUUCCAAUUGAAUUUUUGCUUUUUAUUCUGGCAUUGGCAAAAAAAAAACAAUAGAAGUGAAUUGUUAGCUGACAGCCAGAGGGUGUGGUAACCGAUUGUUCCCAAGUAUCCAAUGUAAUUUUUAUUUAAACCCUUGCACUUCUCGGUGCCUGGCAGCUGCAAGGGUCCCAACUGCCCCCAGGCAGUCUGUGGCCCUGGUUGAAGGAAGCACAAACUAGAUGUCUGCAUGUGUUUUCUGGGGACCUGCUUAUGGGGAUUGGCUCUCGGGGUGAGGACAUCUGGCUUAGGAUUCUGUGAGAUGCCAUCAAUCUGUAAAGCAGGGUUCAUUGGACAGAGCUGCUACUGGAGGAAUAAAUGCCCCAGAAGCUGGCCCGCCUGUUACCCUGCCUGUGCUGUGGGUGGCACAGCUGAGCAUGCAGAUGGAUGAGGAGCACCAGGAUCUGCCUGCCUGCCAUUGCCAGCAAGGCGGGGAUUCUAAGCUUUCCUGUAGCCUAGCCAAGUGAGGUAGCUGGGCAUAUGGAAAGGUUCUCAUGCUUGCCUUUCCCAGGUUCCCACUAGAAAGGGAGCUCCUGUGGUAGCCACCUCUGUCUUCCUCCUGAGAACUUCCUGUUCCAGUUUUUAGAUUUUUUUUUUUUUUUUUUUUUAUUGUCAUUAGGACCAAAUGGAGACUGGCUCAGGACCUGUAGAAAAAUCACACCAGGUUUUGGAGAUCUCUUAGGGAGGUUGCUCAAAAUCCUGUCUGGAGUUAAGGUGUCUGGGGGUUAGGAGCUCAGUCCCAUAGGAGAGCCCCCCUCCCCCAAGACAGAUGCUGCCUAGCAGCAAGGAUACAAGGCUGUGGUUUCAGUCAGAGCAAGUAGAAAUUGUCAGCUCACCUUAAGACACACCAGGGUCCAAGUUGUUCACACAAGGAGGCAAGAGCCCUGGGGGAUGUGCAGCCAUUUGGUCACAGCCUGCCAGCUAUACCUGGGUCCUUCUCACCUCAAUGGAAGUAGCAAAUGCCUCCCUGACUCAGGGCUCCUAGGGACCCUUGCUGCUGUACUUGCCAGCAAAUGGCAGUCAAGGGACAGUUAAUCACUUGCCCCUAUACAGGUCAGCAGCAGGACCAGAUCCCUUGCCCACGGCCCAGAACUCACACCAUAUCACAUGUGGCCUUGUCUAGACCCAGUCCUGAGCAGAGGAGCCUGGUGCCCUCCCAGUCCACAGGGUCUUCUCACUGCCCCUCCUCUGCCACUGCCACAGAGCAGCAGGGCUUCCCACCUAUCUUAGGGACUCCACAGCUUCUGGCAGGCAGGUGCAGAGUCCCCAGCUCUGGGUUGUGCUGGGGAGCCCACAGCCUCAUCUGCUGCUGUUGCCAUCAACUGGGCCUAGUAGCCUGUGGUUGAUGGUCAGUGUUAGUGGGUGAGUGGGGAUGACCUGGCUUCCAAGAGGACUGUCACUGUGGACACCAAAAUGGCUUAACUGAGAUACAGUGAAAAAGUGACAAAUAAAACCAACUUUUUACAAAC